AUGUUACUGCACGAGAGCCAGACCCUUCCGCGUUUCUUCGGAAAGUCAGGCCCAACAGACACUGAUCCUCGCAAAGCCAAGAAAGAUGGCGGUGGGAAAGGAAAUUGGGGUCGUUCAGGCGAAGAAAUGCAGGACAGCGGGUAUACAUUUGCCAAUGCUCGUCGCCAUUCUAAUAGCAGCUCUCAGGGUUUGGUUGAGUUUCAGACCAAAUUCGAAAUACGUGACCCAGAUCCUGCCUUCCAGGAACAACUUCAUGGAUCAGCUGAUGCCCUCAUUGACGGCGAGACUGCUGUUUUAAAGACUGAAAAAGCCAUUGGCAAAGCGAGUAUGACAGAACAGCACGCACCCCACCUAGGUAGCCUCUAA